AUGUCCACACCUGCUCCUCCCGCUCUAGACAACAGUCUCGGUGCCAUACUUAUUGGUGUAAUUUGUGCAUCAGCUCUCUAUGGCUUGUCCUGUCUGCAAACCUUCCAGUAUCUCCGGGCUUACAGGGAUGACCGCUUUUACCUGAAAGCUCUAGUCUUGAUCCUCUGGUGCCUUGAUACAUUGCAUUCAGCCUUCACCUGUCAUGCCCUAUACUACUAUGCUGUCACAAUGUAUGGCAACUAUCUGGCUCUUGCAACAGCUAAUUGGUGGGUACCUGUGGCAUUGAAUGUUUGCAUUGGAUCUCUGGUACAGAUGUACAUGGGUUGGCGUGUCUUUAUUAGAUUGUUUGUCCCUGGUCCAGUUUGCUUAUUCUGCUUCCAGCCGCUGGUUUUGUUGUGCAAAGCCAUGACAGUCAUUGGGUUCCGUGUCAAGGAGUUUGCCAACCUCAAAUACUAUAAGGGUAUCAUUACCACCUCACUUGCAAGUACAGCUGUAGUGGACUUGGUUAUCGCUGCAAGUCUCUGCUAUUUUCUGUCCAAGAAAAGGACAGGGUUCUCAAAGACUGAUGAUUUGAUCAAUACACUCAUCAUCUACUCUGUCAACAGUGGUGUGUUGACUAGUGUAUUCAAACUGCCUGCUCUCAACCUCAUAUAUGAUCACAGCCUCAAUGCUCGGAAGCGUCUGAGAAAGUAUGGCAAUGCUACACCACUUGAAUUGUCAGACCUACCGCCAGCCAGCAACUUGCAAAUAAAGGCUGACAGGCUGUCCCAGCACCCGGUCAGGAUUCAAACAGAGACCAGCACCCUUGUCCGCACAGACCCAAGUGCUGUGUAUCGAGACUGGGAUGACUCUUCAAAGGCAGUUAGCAUUAACUGA